AUGGAAGUCAUGAUUUCCAAUGCUGCAAAGUCCAUUCCAGAACAUGGGUCCAACCACGACCAAGAUAAAGAAGUGAAGGCAAUAUUUGAUGCAUCAAAAGCUGGUGUUAAGGGACUAGUGGACCCUGGUGUGACCAAGAUUCCUCCACCAUCCACAGAAUGUGCUGAGGUCAACAUCCGAGACUCACAGUAUCAACCUUCAGAGAAGAGAAUGCAUGGGAAGGGAAUCUUCGCUGUCACUUUUAUCGGGCUUGUCCUGAACCAGACUUGGCGCUUUACAGUUCACACCCCAAAUCAUACAGACGGAUCUCAUGGGCCUGUUGUUGUUAGGAGGGUUGUAUGUUUGGCUCGUUCUUUUGAUGAGGUGGUCACCACCUCUACAUCAAUGGGUGUCUUUCCUCCAAUCACGAAGGGUUUUUCCUUUACCCGACCCGGUCAGCGAGUUCUUUCCCUCAUGUGUUCAAGGAAAGAGGUGGCGGUUGACUCGUCUGUUCCCGGAGAGUCAACUUUGGUUAUAGGCCCUUCAAUUUCCAUGGGCCCGGGGUCUGUCCCCCACUUAGUGGGGAAUAUUUUUAGAGGCUGCUCCACCUCGUGGAAUGGAGAUGGAGAGGAAGCCGUCCGUGAGCUAGCUUUUUUGCUUAUUGGAGACGUGUCAUCCAUUGGGUGGCAAUGUAAGGAGAGGGAUGCAAGUAUCUAUGGCUGUAAGUAUUCUUCUCUUCUCAUUUUCUUAGACUUUAUUGUUUUUGCCAUGUUUUUUACAUGA